AUGCCAGCAAAACCCAAGGAUAGAAAGCCCAGACAUAGUAUUGAAAGUAUUAGCGAUAUUAGACCUGAAAUGACCACUGUAAAUAUUUCUAAAGAUGAUAUAGAAGAAAUUUCUAAACAGGUAGCACUAUCUCUAUCACCUCAACUUGACCAUAUCAAAACAGAACUAUUUACACUCUCAGUAGAAAUGAAAAACUUUACAUCUAGACUUACAGAAAUUGAAUCAAGAAUUUCAGAUACUGAAGACUCUGUGACCAAACAAAACCUCUCUAUACAACAACACGAUAUAAAAAUUUCAGAAAUUACUGACAAAAUAGAAGACUUAGAAAAUAGAUCACGUAGGAACAACUUAAAAAUAGUAGGCCUUCCAGAAACCACCAAUUUUCAGGAUUUAAUAUAUUUUGCCUCAGUGACUCUGCCACAAAGUCUAGAGAUUGAUACCAAACUGCAUAAUUUUAUGGUUGAAAGAGCACACCGUGUAGGCUUUAUUAGAAACACAUCAGAAAAUACUAUUCAGAAACGAGCUAUCCUAAUUAAAUACCUGAACUUUCAGGACAAAGAUCUUGCCCAGCUCCAGACCUUGUUUUCCGCCUGUGAUGUGAACGGCUCCGGUCUGGUGGAACUGGAGGACUUUGCAGCAGUAUGCAGGGAUUUGGGAAGUGGAGUCCAGACUAGUCGGUGCUCUCUUCCGAAACUGGAUAUGGACCGGGACGGGAUAAUUAACUUCCAGGACUUCUCGGCCCGCUUUGAGGAGGGUUCUCAGACCCUUAACUUGUCUGCUCUUCUCCUUCCCGGACAGCCUCCUGAUUGGGAGGAGCUGGACAUCAAGCUUGGGGGUGAGCUGCAGCACCUGACAAGUGAAACCAAAGAUCAGUUGUACAGUUUGCAUCAGGAAAUUCAGGGGUUAUCUGUACCUGGCCUCCUCCAGCUGUAUGAGAAGUUGCUUGAUAAUAUGUCACAUGACUUUCGUGCUCAGAGACUCAACAUUGAAAAGCUGGAAUUUGUUCUCAAAAGAACUGAGGAGACCACAGCUAUGCAGAUAGCAGAAAUGGAAGAAGACCUGCAAAAUCACCUGACCAAGGUGGAAUAUCGGAUACGCGAGGAGGACCAGCAAAAGCUUGAAGCUGCUCUCCAGGACAUACAGAGGAAACAUGAGCUGGAACUAUCUUCCCUUCAAGCAACAAUUGACAGGAUGGCAAAGAACAAAGAAAAGCUGAAGGCAGUUGAAUCCAAAGAAGAAAGCACAAAGCUGAAAAACCAAAUAUUUGACCUUUCACAGGAGAAUGAACACCUGAGAAGAAACCUACUAGAAACCCAAACAAGCGUCUCCCUUCUGCAGACAGAGCUGGAUAGGAUAAAGAACGAUUUCAGUGAUCAGCAGAUGCAAUAUGAGAGGGAAAAAGAUGCGCUGAAGGUUAUGAUAGACGAAAGCAGAGGAUACAGCAGUCAAAUCCAGAUGCUUCAUGAAGCGAACAAGUCUCUCUAUGACAGCAAUGACAGCAUGCGGUCAGCCCUCACAAACAUGGAAAAUGAGAGGAAGCGGCAUUCGUCACCCAACCAUCCCAGUAUGCCAGAAAGAAUAGCCAGUGUUCUCCCUGUGAUCACCUACAGCAGCUAUGCAGCUGAGGAUGACCCAUACAGGAGGCUAUCAGACAUUGCUAAGUGGGCUGAUAAAUGUGUGGACAGUGGCGUCUCGCUACCCCGCAGCUUGCCGUACAGCGAUGUAGAAAGCUCUCCUAGUGAGUUUGGCAGUGAGCACAGCAACAGUUCAGAAGAGCACUGGGAGGGGGUCUCUUACAUUAAUUCUGAUUUGGAGACUAGGUCAGAGGUAGAUGGGAAACUGAAAUAUAUUCCAUCCCGUCCUGUAAGCCGCAGUGGCUCCUCGGCUUCUUCAAGGAGACGACUUGCUGCCUUUACCCCUAAAAAAGAGGGACUUACUGUUGAUGGCACAUCACAGGCUUCUAGUCCAAUAUACAGACUCGUCCUUGCUGGUGAUGCAGGGUCUGGAAAAUCCAGCUUUCUUCUUAGACUCUGUUUGAAUGAGUUCAGGGGAGAUAUUCCUACCACAUUAGGAGUUGAUUUUCAAAUGAAGAAACUCUUAGUUGAUGGGGAACAUACAACAUUACAGAUAUGGGACACAGCUGGUCAAGAAAGGUUUCGUAGCAUAGCAAAAUCCUAUUUCAGGAAAGCUCAUGGAGUUCUGUUAAUGUACGAUGUCACCUCUGAAGCAAGCUUUCUCAAUGUUCGCCAAUGGAUUGAUGAAAUCAAGAACUCAUCUGAAAAAUCUAUACCUGUAAUGCUGAUUGGCAACAAAACAGACUUGAGGAUUGAAAAGACAGAAUCAGACUGUAUUCAGACUUCAAUGGGGGAAAAACUAGCCAUGGCAUAUAGCUCCCUCUUCUGUGAGACCAGUGCAAAAGAUGGCACUAAUGUAGUCGAAGCUGUACUUCAUCUUGCUAGGGAAGUAAAGCGAUCUGUAGAUCUGAGUGCAGAAAGAUCUGAGACUGUGACAAAACUCAGUAUUCCAGAUAAGAAGUCAACUUGCUGCAAGAUCUAACAGUUAUUUCAAGAAACCAAAUGAAGAAUCUAAUGAAGGAUUUAACUAAAAAGAACAUUUUCACUGUGAUGUUACACGCUUCAUAUAUUGCGUCCCAUGAAAAUUCCCAGAAGAAUUAUUUCCUUACGCAGAAACUUAAGUGACCAGAUCAAAAUGUUUGCUCAGGAGAAAAUAUUUUCAUAUAGCAAUAACUUUUUUUUUUAUUUUUAUUAAUUCUCUCACUGCCUAAAUGCACAAUAAUGACUUUGCUGUUCUAGGUUUUUAGUACUUGAAACUUUAAAUACCUAAUGGUAACACACUGAAAUAUCUCCACUGGACCACAUGAUUACCAAGGGCAAUCACUAAUUGUCUUUAAUGUCUACUUUAUUAUGAACUUUAACAUAAUUGUUUUGUCAAAAUGGUCUUAUGAACAUAACAAAACAAAGGAAAAAAACAGUCCUCUAUGAGGCUUUUAAAUAUACUAUUUUCCUACUAAAGUAUUUAUUAUAGCACAGAGGUGAAGUUUACUAUUCACGUAAUGUAUAGAGAACAUUUUUAGGCUUAAAAGAUAUUUGUAUGUAAAACUUUAACAUAUGGCCUUUUUUCUUAUAAUUUUUAAAUAUUUUAAAUAUAAAUAUGUUUCAUGUGAUUUUAUAUUUUUAAAAAAAAUUAAAAUAUUUCUUUUAAUAUGA